AUGGAGCUCGACCACCGGUACAACCCCUCAAGGAGAAGCAAGAGGCUAGGCGACCAAGAGAAAGAGGAGAACUUGGCCUGGGUGCAGUGUGAGCACUUGGAAUGUCAGAAGUGGCGGUCCAUCUCAGUCAAGGAGAUGGCGUCCCUUGCGGUCGAGCUGCCAUGGUAUUGCCACAUGAACGGCGACGUUUCCCACAGUUCUUGUGAGCACCCUGAGGAACCGUACCCCAGCAGUGAGGAGCUCAGCCGCGACGGCCUGGAAGUGGUGUUUUCUCAUAAUUACCAAACAGGCAGCCUCGUGUGGGCGAAAAUGAUAGGCUAUCCUCGAUGGCCAGCUGUUGUGUGUCCAGACCCAGACAAUGGCAAGGAUAUGAACCAAAAAAAAAAUUACGUCAGCUAUCAUGUGGAAUACCUUGGUCAACCACGGACUAGAAAAUGGAUUAACGUACAACAAAUGGAACCAUUUUCUCAACUAGAGAAUGUACCCUCUCAAGCCAGAAACAGGGGUUGGCUGAAUACAGCACUAAAAGAAGCGAAUGAAAUGAUAUCAAUAUCCUGUGAAGAAAGACUACAUUUCUGUCACUUUACAGGUUAUAACGGCAUAGGUGAAGAAAUGUUGCAAGAAACACAUCACUUGCUCAUGGAGGUGGAUGUAUUGAAUGAAAAUAUGAUCAACAAAAAUAAAUCCUUACACACAAAUAUAUCGGAUACAAAAAAUUUAAACUCUUGUAAUGAAGAAGAGAGUCGUCUGAAUCAAAGUUUAUUUCAUGAAGAGAGCUUUCAAAAUGUAGAGGACAGUCCAGAGGAGCUUGUGAAAGCUAAAACAAUCCAUUCAGACGACUCUGUAGAAAUGCAGCAUUCUAGUUUAUCCAAUGAAUAUGAGGAGAUGGAAAACUUGCUGGAAGAAACAGCUGCCUGGCUACAAGAUGAUGGCUAA